UCAGAGGUCCCCCUCUGUUGCCAGCCACCUCCUUUGUUCCAGGGGAAAAAGGGAGCCAGCAGCUGCUCCUUUGGGCCCUGAAGGUGACCCCAGGCCGGGCCUGCGUCUGCUGUUGUGAUUGGGAGAGAGGCGCCAGGCCGCCGUGGGUGAGCCCCAAAUGGCCUGCUGCGGCCCUGCGGGAGCCCCAGCCCUUCUCCCUCCCCGCCCAGGGCACCUGGCUGGGGAACCUGGCGUGGGAACGGGAGGUCCUGAGACGUGAGUGGGCAGGAGAACCACCAGGGAUUCGCCCUGGGGCUCCUGAUCCACUCGCCUGGGCUCCCCCUGAGAAUGCGCACCUCUGGCCCAGUGGCAGGUGGGAGCGUUACUGCAGGCACCUCCCGGGGAGGACGGGCCCUGGGCACCCUGUGGCCCAGGUGGGCAUUGGCCGUGGUAGGGCGGGGUGUGACAGACAGGUCACAGGACUGCACAGGCUCAUUUAGACUCGUGUGGGGCGUGGGUGUGAGUGUGGCUGAAGCCCAGGGGGUGCAGGUCGACGCCUCCCGGAGGGGAGGUCAAGGAGGGGACCCCACGGGGCAGGAAUAAGGUCCCCUCCUGUGCGUUUUCGUAGCCCUCGCUCACUUGCCUUUCACACCCAGUGCCCAUUCUGCCCGUGAGGGGACUUUGUGGCCAUCCAACUCCCCCUGGCUCUUCUGCCAGGACUCUGCCGGCACCCAUGGCUGAGGUCUCCAAGCUCCCGGCCCAGGCCGGCCCUGGAGCUGUCGCUGCCGAGCGCUGCAGAGUACCUGGGCUCUGUGGGCAGAGGCGGACACGAUGGGCCUGGGUCUCAGCCCAGCUCUGACAUCUACAACCCUGUUCAUUGUGGGGAGCACUCUGGGGACCCAGGAAAGAGCUACCUGGCAUUCUCCUCUAGAGGCUUGGGCUCGCGGCCGGCCUCAGUGAGGGCCUCUGGCCAGGCACUCAGGACCACUGUCCCCCCAGCCCCUGCUGCCCCAAGACCCAGCCCUUGGCCAGGCUGUUUAGCUGUGAGCUACUUGAGCCCCUCUCUGUGGGUGAGACGGGUGGGGAGGAAUUCAGGAGGCUUCCUGUCAACUUCCUGACGUGCAGACAAAAGCCCACUGACGACCCAGAGCUAUGCUCCAAGCUGCAUCCACCAGCCGGUGUCCCGGCCACAGGUGUGGGACACCCUCGUGUAGAGGGGAGCUUGGGGCAAAACAAGGUGGGCGUCCUUGGAAGUGGGGGGCAGAGGCCUCUGGAGAUGGAGUGUUUGCAUGUGUGCAUACGUGAGGGGUAUCUGUGGCUUGUGAGGGCCUCCCAGCCACCUGUCCCAGACCCAGGACUCCAAAGGUCAGGCCUUGUUCUGACCUGGGCCCUCCACGGUUGUGUUGGGCAUGGCCUGGUUUGGGAAGAGAAAGUAGCAGAGGCCUCGGACUCAGGCUGUGUACUGGGCACUGAGCAGCCACAGCUGCAUUCUGUCUCAGCCUGGCCCCUGCCCCAUCACAUUGGGGCUGCAGUCAGAGCCAGCCAGGGCUGGGUAUAGCCAGGAGCAAACGACAGCUGGAGUAGGAUCCUGGGAAGGAGGCAAUGGUUUAAGCAAGGUGAGUGAGUGGCAGCCACAGCUCCCCACCUGCCGAAGGGGCGGGGCUCCACAGGGUUCUCCCCCUUGCCGGAGGCGGGUGGAUGGAGCUGUGUGCCAGGAACAGUGAGAACAGUGAGCAUUUUGUGCUUUCAGAGCACUUUUGAGGGUGUGUUCCUCCACGCCCUGGGACUUGGGCAGGGCUGGCGUGCUUGGCUGGUGAGAAAACAGGCCCAUGGAAGCCCAGGGGAGAGGAGCUGGUACUUCUAGAUGCCCGCUCUAUGCCAGGCGUUUUGCUGAAGCCCCCAGGAUGCACGGAAGGCGCAGUCACACGACAGAAUUCACUGGCGGUGGAAGACCAUGUUUGAUUCAGGGCCAUUUUGAUUUUGUGUGAUGGAAAAACUGAAAGUGCCUUAAAGGAAAAGGAUUUCUUAUGGACUCACGGCUGUAAAAGCCCAGAAAUAAGGGCUUCCUGCACAGCGGGGCCCAAGGGUCUGCUCUGUGUCCCUCUUCUUGUCGGCUUCCUCAGGCAGCCCCUCCCCAGUGGCUGGGGCAUUGGCAUUGCAGGCGUGAUCCUGCACCCAGCAGCCCUAGUGGCAGGGAAAGCUCCAGCCAAGGCCAUGGCGCUCUUCCGGGUGUGUCUGGUGGUCCUGACGGCCAUCGUCAACCACCCCCUACUGUUCCCAAGGGAGAACACCACCAUCCCCGAGAGUGAGGAGGAGAUCAUCCUCAAGAUGCAGGCCCACCAGGAGAAGCUGCAGCUGGAACAGCUGCGCCUGGAGGAGGAGGUGGCACGGCUGGCGGCUGAGAAGGGGCCCCUGGAGCAGGUGGCAGAUGAGGGUUGGCAGCAGCAUGAGGCCCACACCGCCUGGGACCUCUGGAGCACGCUGUGCAUGAUCCUCUUCCUCAUGAUCGAGGUGUGGCGGCAGGACCACCAGGACGAGCCCCUGCCCGAGUGCCCGGGCGGCGAUGAAGAUGAGCUGCCUGGGCUGGGAGGGGCCCCGCUGCGAGGCCUCACGCUGCCCAGCAAGGCCGUGCUCAGCCACUUCUACGACCAGUGCAUCCGGGCUGCCACGGCCGAUGCUGCCCGCACCAGGGAGUUCGUGGAAGGUUUUGUGGACGACCUGCUGGAAGCCCUGAGGAGCCUCUGCAACCAGGACGUGGACAUGGAGGUGGAGGACUUCAUCGGCGUGGACAGCAUGUACGAGAACUGGCAGGCAGACCGGCCGCUGCAGUGCCGCCUGUUCGUACCCUUCACACCCCCCGAGCCCUACCGCUUCCACCCUGAACUCUGGUGCCGCAGCCGCCCCGUGCCCCUGGACCGCCAGGGCUACGGGCAGAUCAAGGUGGGCCGGGCUGGUGGGGACGAACCAGGCUGCAUCUGUGGCAAGACCAAGCUCGGGGAAGACAUGCUGUGUCUCCUCCACGCCCGGAGCACUGGGGCUCAACCCAGCUUCGAGACCGAGGGCCUGCUGUGUGCCGGAGAGGCCCCGUACCUGGACACCAUGCAGGUCAUGAAGUGGUUCCAGACAGCCCUCACCAGAGCCUGGCACCGGAUUGCCCACAAGUAUGAGUUUGACCUGGCCUUCAGUGAGCUGGGCUCACCAGGGUCCCUCAAGAUCAGGUUCCGCUCGGGGAAGUGCAUGCCCUUCAGUCUGAUGCCUGUGAUCCAGUGUGAAGACUCCGACCUGUACCUCAUCUCCCCCCUCUCCAGGGAGCCCUCUGGGGGCGGCCCGGCCUCCAGCACUGACUGGCUCCUGUCCUUUGCUGUCUAUGAGCGGCACUUCCUCAGGAUGACAUCCAAGGCGCUGCCCGAGGGCUCCUGCCACCUCAGCUGCUUGCAGAUAGCCUCCUUCCUGCUCUCCAAGCAGCGCCUCCUCACGGGCCCCAGCGGGCUGGGCCGCUACCACCUGAAGACAGCCCUGCUGCACCUCCUGCUCCUGCGGCGGGCUGCCGACUGGAGGGCCGAGCAGCUGGACACACGCUUGCAUGAACUGCUCCACUUCCUGGAGAAGAGCCUGCUAGAGAAGAAGCUCCAUCACUUCUUCGUGGGCAACCGCAAGGUGCCAGAGGCCAUGGGGCUUCCGGAGGCGGUGCGCAGGGCGGAGCCUCUCAACCUCUUCCGGCCCUUUGUCCUGCAGCGGGGUCUCCACCAGAGGACCUUGGACUCCUUCUAUGAGAUGCUUAAGAAUGCGCCUGCGCUCAUCAGAGAGUACUCCCUCCAUGUGCCCUCUGACCAUGCCAGCCUGCCCCCCAAAACUGUGGUCUUGUAGCGUGUGUGGGAUCCGAGGGCAUCCUAUACACGUGCCCACUGGGGCUCCACAGCCCCUUUCUGGGAAGACAGCAGGCUUGGUGGGGAGCUGAGGUCUAGCCUGCCAGGCAGCUGGGCCUGCAGAGGGGUGGCCUGCUUCCCCGACGGCUCUGUGGGGAAACUGAGGUGGGGUCCCAGGACUGGUGCUUCGCAGGGUGUUUUUGGAUCACAUGGCUCCGGCAGUGAUAGUGCUCUCCUCGGACGCUGGGUGGGAGAGAAUGGAAGUGCUGAUUUGGGUGUAAUCCUUUUGCAUCCUGGGUCCAAUCUGCGCUUCACAUCGACAGCAGAUCUCUGCAGAUGCUGCUUUGGGGGACCCUGUGUUAAGGCCCGGCAGCCUGUUCCCAGGCGUGCUUGGCCCCAGCUGUCAGUAGCCAAAACUCAAAGAGUGGCCGCUGUGGGAUUCGUGACUCUUGAGCACCUCGUGCACAGCAGGAGGGGUUGCACUGGGGUUGCCACUUUUUGUAUUCUUUGGAGAAAUGACCCAGUAGAGUCGCGGCCCUGAGUGGCUCAUGUGUACUUGCUGGUGGAGAACAAAGCUGGCCACUCUCCUCACUCAGGGGCACCCCUUCCCUCCUGCCCUUUCGUUACUGUGCUCACCCAAGUGUCCUAGGUGCCACGUGUGUGCUGGGUGUCAGCUCGGAAGCCCCUUGCUUCUCUGCUCUCUCAGCAGCUGGUCUCUCCCUGGCCGUCAGUGUGGUCGAGGAGGGCAUGGGCAGAUGGUGGACACUGACCUAAGAAAAGAGGCGCGGUUACUGGGGCAAGGGGCAGUGCCUAGGUCCCGGGCCUGCGGACUGACGCCGUAGCUGCAUUGUCCUCAGGGUCCCUGUCCCCGGGCAGGGUGGGCUUGGAAGCAAGAGCUGCUGUGGAAGCCAGCUCAGGUCCACUGGCCCUCACCCACUGCCCCCUCCCUCACUCUCAGGGACCUGCCCACUGCACGGCCCUCACCUGCUUGGGCCAGGCCUAAAGAUCCCGGUGGGUGCUGAAGACCCUCGGCCGGCCCAGAACCUGCAGCUUCUCUCCAGGGCUCCUCCCCACUCGGGCCUCGCUGGCCGUCUGGGAUCUCCUCUGAGCCUCCUCUCGGUGACUCUUGUGCAGAGCGGGAGGAAGGCAGAACGAGGGACAAGGCCGAACCUGUGUGAAGCCCGACGUGUGCCCUGGCAGCAUAUCCAGCUCACACUGAAGGAAGAGGUUUCUCCCCUACUCUGGGCCUGCUCUCCCAAGCCUACCAUCAGAAAGCUCCAGACGACGGGCUGUCCGGCCCCAGGGCUAGGCCCCAAGGGAGGCUGGGCUGCAGACAGGGUGAGAGGUCCUACGGGCAGGAGUGGUCUGCCCCUCCCUGAGCUCCCUUCCCUCAGGUCCACUUCCCCAUGCAGGGCACUUUCUUAUUUAUUGCGCCCGUGCCUUCCCCUCUUCUUCCUUCUCCUGCUGCAUCUGAAGCAAACCCAGCAACUAAGAAUUAACCCAAAGCUGAGGCCCAGCCUGGGUCCCCCUAGGUGUCCCCUUUGCUUCCGAGAGGACACUCAGCGGAACACACCUCUGCACUCCUGGUUAGACAGCUCGGCGGGAGGCAGCUUCUGAAGCAGAAAGCCGUGAGGCUGUAGGUGUUCCCUGCCAUCUUAUUUAUAUUAAAGGAAAAACUGAAUUCUCAAAAAGAGUAGAGACGAG